AUGGUGGUGAUGAUACAACAUGGGUGGGUGAACUUUGCAUUAGAAGUCCUUUGUUCAAGGAAUAUUGGAAACGUCCUGAGGAUUGAUGAUGAAGAAAAUGAGAUGAUUGUCAAUGAUCAGGCUGUUGAGAGACUUGUAAUUGUAACCCAGUUAAUCACUGUACAUCCAAAGAACAGCCGGCUUGGUGACGGCACUGGAACUGAUGUGAAAGAGUCAAAAUCCAUAUCCCAUGAGCUUGCUUCAACUCUACAGGAUGGCCUCUACUUUUAUGGGCAGGAACUAAAAGCAAAGCGGUCUAAUCGUAGAAGAAACAACUCAAGCUACGGCAGCAGAGAUUGGGAAUCCAGAUCUUCUGGCACUGCUUCGGCAGUAUCAAAUGCAAGGGGUUCUGAUCAUUCCAAGGGAGGUAGUGGCUGUGAAUGGCCUGGAAAUUCUAAUUCUCAGAAGAAGCAAAAUUAA